GUGGGCAGCCUCCCCGUGUCACCGCCUGCGUCAGACCAGACGCCAGUCAGGAGGGAGUUUUCCACUGACGAACAAGGCUGCGCUUCUCGGCACAGUCUGCCACAGACAAGGGAAGCGCUUCAGCUGGUACGGAGCCCCGUGCGGCGCAGCGAGAACAACCCGGACAAUAGCACCGAGAGCAGCCUUGUUACGCGGGGAUAAAGCGCUGUAUUUAUUCCUUCUUUUUUUUUUCUUCUUUUGGGGUGGAUUACUUCCACGCGUUAUCCACCCCCCCACCCUCCCUCCUCAAUCGGCUGUCUACCCAACGCUGUUUAGUCCCCGAUGGUGAUCGGAUACCCGAAUUGGUGAUUGUUCGCGCUGACGCCAUGAGUGGGCUGCUCAAGAGGAAGUUUGAGGAGGUGGGUGAGGACCCAUGGUACUCCUCACCCUCCUCCUUCUCCUCCGCCGCCGGCUCAGGAUGGGACUCGGCGGGGGAGAGCUGCUACUCGGACACCCUGGAUUCCACUCCCAGCAACCCCAGCUCCCCGGCAACACAUUUCAACACAACAUCCAUCCUCAAGAAAUCCAAGAGAGUGCGGCGUGGGAACGUGACCUUUGACCAGGUGACGGUGUUCUUCUUCCCCCGGUGCCAGGGCUUCACCAGUGUUCCCAGCCGCGGGGGAUGCACCCUGGGCAUGAUGCAGCGGCACAGCGCGCUUCGCACCUACACGCUGGCCGAGUUCGCUGUGGAGCAGCGGCUCCUGCGCAGGGAAAAGUUCCUCAACAGGCUCCGAUACGAAAAGCUGGAGGCUCUCAAGCUGAAGCUGACCAAGAAUGGAACCCAAGAGAAUGAGGAGGCGGAGCGCAUGACCGUGGACGACAUCCCGGAGCAGGACAUUGACAUCGGUGGGGCCAAUUUGGACGAGGGCUACUUCCUCCAGCCGCACCCGCCCAAGCGCCGCUACGCGCUGCUCAAAGCGGCCGGCGUGAAGAAGAUUGACAAGGAGGAGAAGAGGCAACUGCAUGAGCUGAGAAUCUCCAGGGAGAACUGCGGUUGCGACUGCCAGGGCUUUUGCGAGCCAGAGACGUGUAGCUGCAGCCUCGCCGGCAUCAAGUGUCAGAUGGAUCAUUCCUCGUUCCCAUGUGGCUGCACCAAAGACGGCUGCGGGAACACGGGAGGCCGCAUUGAGUUUAACUCCACCAGGGUGCAGACGCACUACAUCCACACCAUUAUGAAGCUGGAGCUGGAGAAGAGGCUGGAGGAGCAGUCGAGCACGGAGGAGGAGAACCCGACCGCCUUGUCGGCGCUGCCGUCCUUCCCCUUCAGCUCCGAACUGGCGGCGCCCGGCGACAACAGCUGCAGCAGCGAUAUGACGGACCUAUCGGACUCUUCCGGUCAGAGCGACGACUCUGAGGGAGGCGAGGGCCAGUGUGAGCACCUCACCCGGCUGGACGUGGACGAGAAGGGCCUGAGCCGCAUUUUGAGUUUCAGCGACGCGGGCAGCGGGUCGAGAAGUUGCCGGGAAGGGAGGGACCGCAAAGGUCUUUGCUGCCCGGAUCAGCGGCAGGAACAACAACAACAACAACAGCAGCAGCAGCCGCCGUGCACGGAGGCUUUUGGUAGCUUCAGCAUGGUGGACUUUGCCGACGAGAAUGACAACAUAGAAGCCACCCUAUUGGACGAUCACACGGACAAUCGAGCCACGACAAUCUCAGAACUUUUGGACGAGAACGCCAACCAGGGAAACGGCCUGUUCCACGGCGGCGGCGGCGUGCCGCGCACGCCGUCGCCGACCGUCGACCGCUCGGCGAGCUACAACAUGGACCUGAGCCUCUCCUCGGAAUCGGACCUGGAGUUCUUUGACGGUUUCCCCUGCUUGGGGCCCAGCUCGCUCUACAACUCCCUCAAGGAGUACGAACACAUGGACAACUUUUUCCAGUAUCAGUUUCCCAGUUACCCCAGCCUGCCUCCGGCGAGCGACCCCGGGACCUGCCUCCUGGAGUCGCUGAUUGGCCUUUCCGAAUCCGUUCCAGAACCCCCUGCCACAUUUACGGACAAUCAGCUGUUGGAGGAAGCCAUGAAAUUGUCUGUGAUGGAGUCGGUCAAAGUUUGACAAGACGGGGGGAGAAAAAAAUAAAUGUGUGGACUGUGCAAGGAAAGAAUGGGACCGAAUAUGCACAUAAAAAAGUCAAUGUCAACGUGGUAUUUUGGAGGAAGCUGUGAUUUCCAUCUUGCCUAAUAAAUGUUCAAAUUCCAGACCCGCCUUCAAACGUUAGCAAAGCAGUUUGGGAUUAUUGCUGUGUGAGAUGGCAGCCAGUGUUAAAAGUAAAAAGAUGCAAAAACCGAGAUCAAUUUGACCAGGCCUAUAGAAACCAAUGAUGGCUCUCAGUUCCUAAGAAAGCUCUUUUAACCAAACCAAGAUCAGCAACCAUAUGCUAAACAGGAAUCAACCUUAAGUGGGGCCCGGUCGGGAAUCUCAACACAGCUGAAUGUGCACCUCAGGGAAUUUUAUUUCUAGCUUUCUAGCUUUUGGAGGCAAUGUAUGGUGACCAUUGCUGUGACGGCCUUCGUAGGAAACCUGAGUCCAAUCACAACAAAGUCCUGUUGGUGUUUUCCUCCUUUUGGGCUUCCGCCCAGAUGACUCGACUAUAGGGUCCUCCGUGUGCUGAAUCCUGAAGCUAGUGGACUCAUUCUCUUCGAGAUCUCUCCAAAGGGUCUUGUAUGGUACAAAAAAUGAAAAAAAUCCCUCUGAAAGCUCCUCGAUCAGCACUUUAUCUGUGAAAAUAGUGAUGUUUGAAUAGGCAUCGUUGUGGUUGUAUGGGAUCGAUUCAACAGUUAAACGCUAAAUUAUGGAGUUUCGUAUUUAUGAGCCAGGUAACUAGAAAUAACGCUCAUAUCAUUCAAAGCUGUAGCUUGUAUUGUCUAUUUUUCUUUUUGUUUUUAAGUUAUUUCCUUCAUGAUUUUAUUCUAUUUAUUUCAGAUAAAAGCCUACUUUCACACAAGAAGCACUGUGGUCUAUUGUUACCUUAAAGUGCAAUCUUCUUUCCUUUUUUUUUUUUUCACCCAUUUCAUAUUCAGUGCUAUGGAAAUUGGGACCACAAGUCCAACAAAAAGUAUUUAAUAUCUAUUAUCUUUUGCAUUUAACUUUUUUUUUUUUUUUUUAAAUAACUUAUUACACCAUAAUUUCAUUUGCUAUUUAAUUUAAGACAUUUUAGCAAUAAAAUUGGGUGUUGUGAAGUUUACUGGAUGUGCCUGCUUAUCAGGGGAGCCAUGCCUUCCAAUGGCGUGUGCACAGUGCUUCCAUUUAAGCGUUGGGACUGAGAACUGUGGAAUCUCCCUAAUCACUGAAGCUAAAUUAUGGGUCUAUUGUAUCGCUGCCUAAUAAUAUAACCAUAGAAAAAUACACUAAUAUUUUGUAACUAAUUUAUGUAGGUUGAAAAAAAGAAUUCUAAUCACUUACAAAUUGAAUAUUUUAUUAAGAAAGCAAAAUUAGUCAUUUUCAAUCUGGGACAACCUUUGUAAUAUAUGAAUUAUAGAGAAAUGUAUACUUCGCUCUAGCAUUCUGAAAUAUUUUUAAUAGGCAGUCUUAUGGUUGGAUAUCUUAGAAAUGCCACUAAAACUAAAUAAAUUGCAAAGAUCAAUUUGAUUGUACUCUGAAUUGCUUGGAAGUCUGUGACUUGGGUUACAUUAUGUACUAAAUAUCACAUGUAAAGGGUUCUUGUGCAAAAAAACUGAAUAUAUUAUACAAUUUUUAUUGCACAUAUGAACCCUAACAAAAUGAAGCCUCAUUCCUAAAAGAACAAGACCUUUCAAAGGUGAAUCUGUCAGCAGUGUGAACAGUUGAGGACACUAGAGAGUUGAUGUACAUAUCGCACCCUUUCUACAGCUGUUUCAACAGCCUUUCUGGACCCUUUAGAAAUUAUGCAUGCAGAUCCUGUUUAAAAACCUGUUCUGAUUAAUUGUAUACUUUGAAAAAGUGCAGAGUGCACGUUGGAAAUGUAUUAUUCGCUUUUUGCCUUUUUUUUUAAAUUACUUUUUUAAUCCAUCCGGUAUAUGUUCUAACGCCAAGAAGAGGGCACUGAUUAAUGCAAGCAAACGUUUGUUUCUCUUGUAUAAAACAUCAACUUUCAUGAAGAAAUGGCAACAGUGAGUGUUUAUCAAUGUAUGUAUUACAGUACAGCUUUUUUUAAUUUUAUUUUCAGAGAACGUGUCUUACUUUUUGCCUUUUGUGUUGUACAUAUUUCUGCUUGAAUGGUCCUGCAGAGCAAACAAAGCUGCUUUAUUUUUUACAUAUUCACACUUUAACCUGCUGUUAAAAAAAAAACAGUCUCUUUCAUCUAAGCCAUUUUGACAGCCUCUCCCUCCAAAUAAUAAUAAAAAAAACAUUUUCUAAAUGCU